ACAUCAGGAUUUUUGAUUUCUGAUUUCUUCCUCUAAACUGACUGGUCUGAUGUAUCUGAUGUAGCGUACCUGGUACCGUACGGUAGGUACCUGGUACUUACACGGUGGGAAGCGAGGAAGAGCAGCGACUGCAAAAUCGCAGAACUCCAGUUGCUACCUUUUCCCUUGCAAUCGUCACAUAUCACGAUGGUGGUAACGACACAUUUAGUGGGUCAGGUUUCAGCUGCGUUGCCCGUUCAGGGGUUAUCGGUGCUAUCGUACAAUGUGCUUUUGCCUAACUCCAUUGAUGGGUGGUGGACAUACAAAAUGUACAACGACCCGAAACACUUGGAGUUGAUGGAACCAUGUGCCCAGAAUACUGGUGAGGGUCCAAGUCCCUUUUCGGUAUCAUCGUGGGAGUACCGCCGCGAUCUACUUAAGGAGCGAAUUGGUUCGAUUAGCGCGGAUGUAGUUUGCCUCCAAGAAGUCUCUCCUGAAUCUUUUGAACAAGAUUUUGAUUUUAUGCAAGAUUUGGGCUACGACGAGUUUGCGAUGUUCAAACGGGGGCGCUUCCGACCCGCGACAUUUUGGAAAACAUCGGAAUGUAGACUCGUGAACGAUCCUGUUCACAAGGAUAGGAGUCUCAUCACAGCUUUUGAACGCCAAAUGGCAGAACCCAAUGAACAUGACGAGCAAGAAGACCAGCAACCACCCUGGUACGUCGUGAAUUGCCACUUACAAGCAGGACCACAGGGACCAAGACGGGUGCGCCAAGUAGUCGACGCUAUGAAAGGAGUCAUGACAUUGGCUAGAAAGCAAAAGCUGGAAACUAAACCUGAAGAUACAGCACGCGUGAUUGUUUGUGGUGAUUUCAAUGGGGGGGCCGAGUCGGGCUCAAUUCGACUUCUCGAAGAUGGAUAUGUUGACGAAACGUUUAUCGAAGAUGGUGCCCCGGUAACGUCGAAACGGAAAGCAUUGCCUUUCACGACACCAUUUAAAGACGCUUCAGCGUCUGUUGAUAGUCGACCACCACCACCAACCCUCGUGGUGGCCGAGCUUAUAUCUAAUAUUGUGGAAACAACCGAAUCUGCAUACCAAGAUCCAAAACUGUCACAGGAUAUGAUCGAGAGACUUGGAAGAAUCUACAAAAAGUUUGCGAACACAGCCGACGGAGACAUGAACAAGGAGGCGGUUGAGAGAUGGUUGAUUUGUAUCAACAAAAAAUUAAAAAGAGGGGACGAGUAUCGRAAUGCCGCGAAUGCAAUGGGAUGGAAAGACCCAAAUCCAGACGACCCCUGGGAAGUCCGAAAGAAAAGAGCUGAGCUACCAGAUGACGGGAUUCUGACUCUAUCUGGAUUUGUAGAAGUGUAUCAAAAGGAAUUAUCUGGCGGAAAAUUUUGGGGUAUAGCACACGAUAUGUGUGUCCUCGGGGAACCUCUUCCCGAUGCUGGUUUGUUCACAUCUCGAUUUGAUCGCAUUUACUAUAACAGCAAGAGCAUCAAACCAACUUCUGUCACAGACACARCAUCGGACAAGCCGUGUCCAAACGAUAAGGAGGCGUCAGAUCAUUUGCCUGUAGCUGCUUCUUUUGCCGCUUUAUGAAACCUGCGAUGAUCUCUACUCGGGUGCUAUUUUACUUUGUUUUUAUUAUUUACACAUACGAAUAAUUCUUACCCGCAGCUAAAUUAAUUUUGAUUUCGCUUUUUCAAGAGAUGCCGACRUYGGCUCUAGUAUAGACAUUCGAUUCUAAAAACUAUUCUGGCGGUGAUUGAAUCCAGAAAAUCAGUGUGUCUACGAUUUACUUAUUAUUACUGAUAYACAUCAUCAUCGUAAGGAUUUGGUAUAUCCUGUUUCGGGCCUGGCAUUGGUUGGCCAUUGAGGUCAAAUUCAACAUCUUCCAGUCCCCACUGCGACAGUUCUGCCGGCAACAAACUUCGGUCUCUCACUACUCGAAUGAAUUCCGGUGCUUUGGCGCUACCCAUCACCGCCUUGCCGACGAUGACGCCAUCAUACCCCACCGCCAAAUGUCGUUUCAUUUGCUCCGGUGUUUCGAUCCCACCCCCAGCUAAACAGAUAAUAGGCCCACCACUUCCUGGGAACAAGCCCGCUAACUUAAUUGCCUGCUCGGGAUACAUUUGCUGUGCGACUCGAUCGUAGUUUGAAACCAAAAUGUUUGUGGCCAUGGCAUCGAGUGCUCGUUGAACUUCGUUAUUGGUAUGGCAUUCCACAAUUGUUUCGAGACCAAUCGUAGUGGCAAGGUCCAAAAAGUUGUCGAGAGCUGGACCCAACACAGAUGCAAUCAGUAGAAUCCCGUCGCAACCAGCUUCCUUUGCAAGUCCAAGUUGGAUCUCAUCUACAACGAUGUCCUUCAUAACAACUGCUGCUGUGUCGCUCGCUUUGCGUACAGCAUUGACGGCCGACUUCAGUUCAGAAAUAUCACCUCCAUAGGCUGGAUAAUCAACGUUCACAAACACUACAUCAGCGCCCAAUCGAACCAUUGCUUCGCACACCAUAGCUGCAUUGUCGAAACGACAAAAUGGCUUUUCUCCUGGUCUCGACAAUGAUUUGCGCUUGACGUCGACACAAAAACAUGCUCGUCGCAUUGUCAUUUCUCCCAAACCAUUGUCCAUUAGUUUUUGCUUGCGGGCCAUCUCUUCUUCUGAAAGUUCUUCUUCGUUGUUCCGGAAUGGAUCAUCGUGGACACGUCGAAGUGCUUUGGCUAAUUUCAUCGAACUUUGUGUUUCUUGGGCGUAAGACAUUGCCAUACGAACAGGAUCUGCAGACGAUUUGUGUUGCUGUUUGACACCCCUCAUUUCGUAUUCUUUGCGAUGAACAGCAGCAUAGAGAUCCUCCGGACGGGAGGAUUGAUGCAAGUUGGUCGUUGAUAGUUUCCCUGUUUCAAACUGAAACAUAGGCUUGCUGUUCUUCAUUGCGUGCUGUUGCUGUUGUGAAAGCAAGAAACCUGUCGUAUAUGUUGGAGCAAUCGUUGCCAGAAGACAGCUCCAACCAACGAAUGAUAGGAUGGACAUUUUGGAUUGUACUCUUUCGAUCUAUCCUCGAUGUAAACUACGCAAGAGUUGCUAAUAAUAGUGCAGUACUUUG